AUGGUAAACUCGUCAGAUCUCAAUCAAGACCUAAACGUACCGUUUGGGCUUCCGGAAGAGAUAUUGUCGUGCAUUCUGCAACUGUCCAUCGGUACAUACGACGACAUAAAUCACGACGUCCAGUUUCGUACCGCCACCCCGCUUCGACUUCGACUGGUCUGUCGGCAAUGGCUGGGGGUGCUAGAGAGAUCACCACGGUUCUGGGGAUUGAUGCUGGCGGUGGCGAAAGGCCGGGAAGCAUGGCAGGGCGUGUUAGCGAAGUGCAAGAGCGCGCCAGUGGUUCUCUCGACGCGGUCCGGGUUACCGAUUGCUACUCUUGAGGCGCACAUAGGACGAGCGUUGGAGGUGUAUCUCGACAACACAGGCGAUGGCGGUGACCUGGGUAGCGUAUGGGCUAGCGGAGAGCCACUACCGCAGUUGAGAAUACUGCAUCUUGCUUGCCACGACCUCGACAGUCCACCAACGAUCGUCGCCCCAAACCUAGAAGAGCUCAAGAUCAACCGGUCAGCUCUAGUGCGGGCCCCCAGUCUCCGUCAACUGGAGCUCCGUAAACUGCAUCGCGACAUGCUACCCCUACUGGCCUCUACUGUGGCGGAAGGCAGCCAACUUCAUGAACUCGUCAUAUCCGGAGAAGAAGAAGUCGAGUAUCCGACAUGGCGUGCGUGCUUGGACACAAUAGCAGGAUGCCACAUAUCUACCUUCGUCGCAACAAUUGGCUUCCUCGGUUCAAUCCGCCCAAUUCCGGACGUAGUCCUACCGAGUUUGACAACUCUGUGCCUUCGCGUGCCGGCGAUCAUACACUCAUCGCGUCUGGAAAUCGUGGACGCCUGUCUGAGCGUACCGCAGCUCAGGAUUCUUUUAUCAUCAAUCCCGUCUGUGCGCGUUCUCAAACUCUCUUCCCAAAAACGCGCGCAACGGCGGACAGGAACACCUGAACGCAUCAACCUUCCUCGUUGCGAAAGUAUCACAAUCGCCGAUCGACAUUUCGUCGAUGAUGCUCUUACGCAGCUACUAGAGUCUAUAUACGCCCCUCUUCUACGGGAUAUGCAGCUCAGAACAAGACCGUACAUCAUCAACCGUGUUCGGCCAAAUAAUUAUCAAUCGGAGGAUCGAGCCCCGCCGUGUCUUGUUCACGACAUGGCCACUGUGACAAAGCGGAUAUGCGCAGCGCGAUUCACGUCCCUCUCUCCAGCCAUCGAAGCUCUCACCCACGGACCCGUCGACCUAAUCGUUGAUACCGAUUGUUCCACCGGGUCUUCGGCAGCCAUUACGUUCACGGCGCGUGACAACUACAUUCGAACCUCUCGUUACUCCGGACUCCGAAUCUUGAACAUUAUGGACGGCACAUAUUGCGGCGUUAGGCAUCAGCAUACGCAGUUAAUAUCGGUGGUCUACAUGCUCAACAUGUUCGCGUGGCCCGCAGUUUCGUGCAUCACCGUGAACUCACCCACACCGCUGUUGGAGACAGACGGAGAGGAGCUACUGUACCCGGAUCCUUUCGUCACCGUUUCCAAUGAGGAGAAGACGUCACUGCGGCACAACCUCCUUCGUAUGACAGGAGUUUGCACCCUGAAUAUGCAACUGACCAAGGUGAACGAUCAGAGUGGGGUAGCACUUAUCCGCGCUUUAAGCGAGCCUCCCGAUGCUGUCAUCUGGCCCAAGCUCCGCCACAUUCACAUCAUUCUCUUGGAAAGCAGUAAAGGUGGUCCGGACUGUAUGGGAAGAUGGUGGGACGAUUUCAUGGUCUUCGUAUUGCGGCGCAAGGCGGCGUGUAGUCCGAAUUUACCGCUACCCAUUCAGGUGACAAUCGAGGGAUCAGAUGAAUACAUGCAGUCGGAUAUUGCCUUGUCACUGAUUCGUGUUUUGUCUACUUUAGUCGAGGACGUCAAAUUUCUGUGA